AUGUUGACGAUCAAAGCAACGAUUUUAUUUUGUUUGGUAUUAUUACCAAUAGUUUCAUGGGCUCGCAGUACUGGUUCACAAUAUAGUUCUCCAAACAUGGAGAAAAAUUGUGGUAAAACGAUUACAUUAGAUGGCGAUAAAUUACCUGGAACAUAUUUUAGUUUAACGUCGGGCAAUUAUAAACCGAAUGUUGAUUGUAUUUUAACCAUCAAAGGAAAAACAUCGAACCAACGUAUCAUUGUUGUUGUUGAUAAAAUGGAUGUUGCAUGUGGCGGUGAUAAAAUCAUUAUAUACGAUGGUAAAAUAGAUCAAGGAUCAGUAUUAAACAAAAAUCAAUCAGAAGAAUGUGGAACGAAGAAAUAUUAUCUCAGAACAAUAACUUCAAAUACAGCAAUUAUUCAAUUCAUAUCUAAUAACGAUAAAAAAGUUGGAACAGGAUUUACAAUUAAUACGGCAAUCAACUUUCCGGUCAGUACAUGUUCACGCAUAGAAAACCUCUAUCGAUGCAAAAACAAUUAUUGUAUAUCGAAUUCUUUCAAUUGUGAUGAUCGAAAUUGGUGUGGUGAUAAUACUCAACAACACGUGUGCCGUUAA